AUGUAUCGGGCGUUGCUUUUCAGAGAGGCCCUCUUCCUUGGAAAGAUGGCCUUUGCCGUCAGCGCCAUGGUAACAGGGCACGCAGGAAGACAAUUGAUGCCGAGCAUGCCCGAAAUCACAGCCGACCCUAUGGACUUUCUCGAUCAAAUACAGCUACUCCAGAGACGCGAACUGCAACAACGACAAGAGGUUUCUUCUCCCUUUGACUUGACCGUCACCAACGCCCCUGAUGCGACGUGCGGUUAUCUCUCGGCAGAGAUCGGUGUACCGAUUACCUGCACGAAUAAAGAAGUGUGCGCAUGGGCUCUUGUACAAGAGGACGCGGGCGUUAUCAGAUGCGGAACAGAAAUAAAGGUCAACUGCUACGAGUCGUUCAAGGCAGUCGAUCCCACACUUUGCAAUGAUGUCUGCCAGAGUGACACGAUGAAUCUCCUAUGCACCGACUCCGACAUGCCCUACUGCCGAACUUACGCUUUCCCUAACGGUAUACGAGACUAUAGAUGUGCAUCCUCAUCUUUGACAGCGGAACAGAGCGCUGAGCACACUUUCUAUGGUCAGAAAAACCCCAAGUUCACGACGAGAGUUGCCAAUGGUGCGGGUGCAACAACAGAGUUAGAAGAAGCGGCGGAUAAAGCAGCAACCAAAACCGACGAACCCACUACGAUCACGAAGGUAGCUGAAUCUACAAAAUCAACUUCAAACGAUGGCAGUAACAAGAGUAGCUCAGCGCCCAUUGGAGCCAUAGUGGGAGGAGCUGUCGGUGGUGUAGCUCUUAUUGGUCUAGUCAUGCUGGGUAUCUUUUUCGUUCUCCGACGAAAGAGGAACAAGACUGUGACUACUCAAGGACCUAUCAACCCUCCAGUUAUGAAUUUCAUUCCACAGAACAUGGGCCCGAGUAUGCUUGAUUCAAAAAUGGUUGCGUCACCUCAUACUCAACCGGGGUCCGCUAUCUCUCCGCUGCAGUCAGAUGGUAGACAGUCCAUGUUUGGGCCGCCGCCUGUUUAUGAAGCACCAGGACACGAGUCACAAGUCCAUGAGAUGGGUGAUUCAAGCGAGAGGAAGUGA